AUGGCUGAUUCGUGUGAAAACGACGAAGAUGUUCUUCAAAUGAUACAGCAAAUAAAAAAGAUAACGAAGGAGAGUAAAAGAAAGUUUGAAAAUGAAAUUGAAUAUUUAGUGGAGGACACGAAAUCUAAUUUGCUUAGUCUAGUUAAUGAUGAAAAAAAUCAUAUUAAAAAAGAGACCGAGGAAAAAUUAAAUCAUCUUCGAGAAAAUGUCAUAAAAUAUGAAAAGGGCAUUAAUGAAAAAAGGAGACAUUACCUGAAACUCAAAACAGAGUUAGUUACUGUAGUGAACAAUUAUAAAAAAAGGAUAAAGGAUUUCUACAAGGAGGCUGAAAAUUUCAUGCAAGCAUACGAACAUGAGAAAAAGGAACUUGAAGACUUGGAGGAUAGAGAAUGGUCCGAACUGAACACUCAGUGUGUUGAAAUUUUAAGCAAGACGAAAUCGAAUAUAUGUGCUAAGAAAGAUGAAACAAAUAAAAAACUCAGAAAGGUACUUAACUCUAUAAUGUGA